AAUCAGUCAAAUGAAAGAUGGCUGCCCCCUUGGAGAUGUACUGUUGGAAAGGCGAUUGGGGUUUGCCCUCUGUAGAUACAGACUGUCUCACUGUACUGGCCUAUGCCAAGUUUGCAGGUGCUCCACUCAAAGUGUACAAGAUCACCAACCCCUGGAGAAGCCCAACAGGUGUGUUGCCAGCACUGAAGACUGCGGAGAAAAGCAUUGGUAGUCUUUCCAAACCCAGUAAUAUCAUCAUCCAUCUCAGAAAACAGAAAUACAAUGCAGAUUAUGACCUCUCAGCCAAGGAAGGAGCGGACACUCUGGCUUUUGUGUCACUACUGGAGGAGAAACUACUACCCGCAUUGAUCUACACCCAGUGGGUGGACUCGAAAAACUAUGUUGACGUGACGCGGCGCUGGUAUGCUGAGAACAUCCCUUUCCCGCUCAACUUCCUGCUGCCCAAUCGAAUACACACCCAGCAGCUGGAGAGACUGAGGCUGGUCAGAGGAGACCCCACACUGGAGCCUGGGGAGCAGCUGGAGAAGGAGCUGUACCAUGACGCGUUGGAGUGCAUGACCUUGCUCUCGCAACGCCUGGGCUCACACAAGUUCUUCUUCGGGGACUCCCCAUCGUCUUUGGAUGCAUAUGUGUUCGGUCACCUCGCCCCCCUGCUGAAGAUAAAGCUUCCUAAUGGAAAACUCCAACAACACCUCAACUCCCUGGACAACCUACGGCAGUACUGCACUAACAUCCUGCUUCUUUACUUCCCCUCAGAGGGCAAAGAGCCUCCCAGUCGCAAGGUGUCAGUCCAUCCAGAGGGUAGUGACUUUGACAGUGAGCCUCAUAAACGACGUAACCAAAUCCUGUCUGUUCUGUUCGCUCUGGGAUCCAUGCUGGGUUACGCCAUUCUGACCGGGAUCGUUAGCAUCCAACAGGUUCAGGCACAGCCAGCAUUAGCCGAACCUCACCAUGUAGACGAGAGAGGCGAGGAAGACGAAGAGGAAUGAGCAGUACUGGCUUCAUGGAGGACCAGUGCGAAGGUGUUGUUCUCGCACCUACUCCACAUACUGACAACAGAGAGACAGUUCCUCAUAUAUUGAAGUCUGCCACAGUAUGCUGUAAUACGUGUCAGUACCAACCUUGGCAUUCACCAACAUGCCUAGUUGGGUGGUUUUAUUUUGUAUUUUGCGACAUCCCAAGAAGGCAUACCUUUUCUCGACACAGAAUCUUCAAGGACGCUUUAAUUUAAUUGAAGAAGGGUAUGACUUUCCUUUUUUGGGGGUAGUUUUCUUCUGUUUUUAGGGGGGUUGAGACUUUCUAUGAUGUUUUGUCAGGUUUUGUUUUGGCAAAUGAUUUUGACUUGAUUUCAGGUCGUUACAAGUAAAAUGCUGAACUGUUUCUCACAAGGCAUCCUUUGGAUUUGUUAACCCGCCUCUGAAAUAACAUUGUCAAAUAUAUUAAACUAAAAUUUACAGUAGAACAUAAAUCUUAACUGAAAUUCAUUAUUUAAAUUGCUACACAUUUUAUAUUUCACUUUUAUUUUAAUUUUGCAGAAGAUGUUAUCCAUAUUUGAAAUCCUUCCAAGAAGUGAAAUGAAACAGACCAUGUUAGGGUAACCAACAAGGUUUUGCACAAAUGAGGAAAACAUUAUUUACAUUUUGACCUCAUGAACAUAACAUUGUUUUCAACCAUCACCCAAAUAAAGGUCAUGCAUAUGCUUUUG